AUGCCUGGAUCCACACCCACUUUGCAACAUCCAGGUCGAAGUGCACCUGUGAGAGGGGUCGCUUCGCAGCAAACUUCCACUUCCAACACUCUGGCCACCAGCGCCAGCGUCAACGUAGCCGCCGUCUCGACUCUGUCGCCCCACCAGCAGCAUGGUCAGCAGAUGGCUGGCAUUGUGGCUACGUCCACCCAUCCUCAGGGGUGGAACAGGGCGUAUAGCAGAGGCAUGCCCGCUCCCGCGGUAGCAGUGCCCAUCUUCCGCGCCUCACGUGCUGCCGACGUGGGCAGCGCGUCCAUCGAUCGACGAACCCUCGCGGACCAUCAGCUCCCUGAUUCUCCGCCCGAUACCCCGCCGCAUUCUCCUGGCCUCCGCCCCGUGCAGAUGCCAUCUUUGAUCGAAUCCGGCUCAUUCUCCCAGCUUCAGCGCGCACAGCAGCAGCAGGCGCAGCUUCAGCAGCAGCAGCAACCUCGCAUCUCUCCUUCGGCGCACCCCUUGCCCACCGAGGCCGCACAUGACGCAGAUGCGGUCGAUCCGAUCUACACCGGACACACCCCUUGCGACAGCGAGCUCGAAAGUGACGACGGCUCCGACGUCUCGGAUGACGCUUCGCAGGCCACGCUUGAUCAACUCACGCUGGCGGCGCAGUCGCUCCUGCUGCACUCGGAUGCCUCGCUUGGCUCCAAGCCAACGCACCCGGUCGCCGCUGCUCACAGAGGCACUCUCUCUGUCGAGCUCAUGCCCGCCACACCCGAGAUCAGUCCCGACAACGACGUCCGCCACCACGCGCACAAGUCGGCGCACGCCUUCCUGCAUCGCAUCUUUGCCGAUGUGCCGCACAACCUGUCCGUCGAGGAUGCCGGCGUCGAGCUCGUCAGUCCCGGCUGGAGUGGCGCGGUCAUCAAGUCGCAUUCGGCUGCUGGUCCCGCGUCGGCGCACGCCUCCAGCUCCUUCUCCUCCACCAGCAGCAGCGAUAGCUCGGCGGACGCACAGCGCACUCUGUACGUCAGCAUGCCCGCUAUCGUCGACGCGAGCCUGCUCCGCGAGCAGGUGCUCGCCGUGCUCGACGCGGCUAGCGAGAAGCUCGGCUGCGACUCGGUCAUGAUCUGCCUCGACCGCGCGCUGCGCGACUUUGCCUCGGUGCUCCACGGGCUCUGCUAUGUGGGCGGCGCUCUUGUCGCUGCAGCCGCACAGACCGCUAGCAGCAGUGACAUGGCCGCUGACCACUUCGGUGCCGGUCCGCACAGGCUGCCCGACACUGACCCGGUCUCAGGACUGGCGCUCAGGUCCGGCCUCGUGCUUGUUGCCAUCGAGCUUUGA